CUCCAGUCUGAGCAGCUGCUACCAACCCGAAAGCAUUCCCCGUAUUUCCCCAUCACUAGCAAUGAAGCUCACUGCGAUUGUCACCCUGCUGGUGGCCGCCAACGCUCUCGAGCUCACCAAGGAGUCCUGGGAUGAGAAGACUGCUGGCAAGAGCGUUUUUGUGAAGUUCUUUGCUCCUUGGUGCGGUCAUUGCAAGGCCAUGAAGCCAGCGUGGGACAAACUGAUGAAGCAGUAUGAUGGCCAUGCCUCCAUCCUGGUCGCAGAUGUGGACUGCAUUGGGGAUGGCAAGGCCAUGUGUGAUGAUGUGGGAGUGGAGGGCUUCCCGACCAUCAAGUUCGGCGACCCUGCCAACCUGGAGGACUACGAGGGAGAACGCGAGUUCGAUGACUUGGCCAAGUUUGCCAAGGACAACUUGGGCCCCAGGUGCGGUCCUGCCAACUUGGAUCUUUGUGAUGCCGACAAGAAGAAGAAGAUUGAAGAGUUCAUGAACAUGGCUCCUGCGAGCCUGAAGAAGGAGAUUGAAGGAAAGGACGAGGAGAUUGCAGCAGCUGUGAAAAAACACGAGGAGUUUGUGGAGAGUCUGCAGAAGCAGUACGAGGAGUCUGAAAAGGCCCUGUCUGAGAAGAAGACGGAGAUCAAGGAGAGCGGCUUGGGCCUCAUGAAGGCGGUGAAGGCCUACAGGAAAACCGUGAAGAAGGAAGAACUCUGAGAUACUCUGAGCAAAUGCAGAAUCUAGAGUAGACCACCCCGGGAAGAGGGAUUCCUCGUGAUUUUGGCGGUGGCGCCACCAUUGUUCGUGAUAAUCACAUUUCUGUCCACAAAGGAUCUUUGGUCUCAAAUAUCAAAGGUGCAAAGAGUGGGGCGCCACCUUGGUUUUGAUCCUCACCAUUGGAUCAUCACUGAGACAUACCGCAACUGGCCACCAAUCGCCAGCCGCGUUACCUGCCAGCGCUAUGGUGCAGGCUUCUUAGCACAGGAAAAAAGGUAUGGCCAAUUGUCAGUCAGCUGUAUCUUAUUCUCUGAA